UGAUCAACGCUUUAAACCAUUAUUUUGUACCUUGCCAGAGCUAGGGUUUUGCUUAGUCUGUGCGAUUGUGUGUUUUUUUUUUCCUUCCUGUUGUUUUGUUUGUAUGAUCAAUGGAGCCUGUAUCAAUGGCAGUAAUUUUGUCGUUUAGAUGAUACUUUUCCGCUCUCUGUCUCGUGUGCGUGUGUGUUUUGUCGCACGCGUAUACGAACAGUCGUAGUUUUCAUGGAGUGAUAUGCAGUAUAAUUUGUCGUUCCGUUCAAUAUUCAGGGAGCAAUACCCUCAACUGUUGAAUAUUUUUGGCAUUAUUUGAUUUUGAGUGACAGAAACCGUGGGACUGAAAAGGAUGAAGAAAACAGAAUUACAUUUCACGGGACGUAAACGAAAGAAGGUGUCUAGUGAUGAAGAGAGGAAGUCAAAGGUUUCGGCUAAAGUUAUUGACUAUUCUGAUCCAUUUGCUGUGCCGAAUCUUCUAGAAGCCUUGGACCACGGAAGAUAUGGAAGUGUCACAAAGGACAUACGGGCACUUCUUGCUCGGAAUUUGGAGGUUGUCAGUAAGUUAUUCAGCUUAUAUCCAGAAUUGCUGAAUGAGCUUGGAAAUGUUGAUGGAAGGGAUAGCAAGGAGAUUUCAGAUUAUCAAAAAGAUACUUUAAUUGAUUUGGAGGAUGACUCUGUUACAAGUCGUGUUCCAGCAGCUGCAUCACCCAUUGUUAUCAUUGAUUCUGAUGAUGAGGAAAUAAGGGAUUGGAGGCUGCCUGCUGCUCCAUAUCUUGAGGUUGUCUUACCAAAGCCGACUGGAGAGUCUCUCACGAAGGACAUAUUGGUUAGGGACUCUUCGGUGACUAUGACUGAAAUCAACGAAGUUAGUUUGGCAAGUGAGGCUGAUAUCAAGAAGGAUAAAGGUGUUUAUGUUGGUGUGGAAGAGGAUGGUGCGAAUCUCAAGAAGGAUAAAGGCGUUUAUGUUGGUGUAGAAGAGGAUGGUGCAGACCAAACUGAGAUUGAAGAUGAUGGUCUGGGAGAUAUUUGGAACGAAAUGACAAUGGCAUUGGAAGUUUCGAAGGAGGUUGCUGAAGAUCCCUUAGGUUCUGAACACUUGCAAGAAGAUGAAGACUGUGAUCACUCUUUUGUUUUAAAGGAUGAUAUUGGAUAUGUUUGUCGCAUAUGUGGGGUCAUUGAUAGAAGCAUUGAGACCAUAAUUGAUGUCCAAUUCAACAAGGUCAAGCGGACUUCUCGAACUUCCGCGUCUGAUCCUUGGGACACCAACGACAGAGAGUCAAAUGUGAUGGCUAAAUUCUCUGACAAACAUUUUACUGUGACUGACAUCUCAGCGCACCCUAGGCAUAUGAGGCAAAUGAGGCCUCAUCAAGUGGAGGGCUUCAAUUUCCUUUGCAACAACUUAGUGGCAGAUAACCCUGGGGGCUGCAUUAUGGCCCAUGCUCCUGGAUCUGGAAAAACUUUUAUGAUUAUAAGUUUUGUGCAAAGCUUCCUAGCGAAAUAUCCUCAUGCUAGACCACUGGUUGUGCUUCCUAAAGGAAUCUUGGCUACAUGGAAGAAGGAGUUUCGGACAUGGCAAGUAGAGGAUCUCCCACUUUAUGAUUUUUACACUGUGAAAGCAGAAAAGCGGCUUCAGCAACUUGAAGUCUUAGAACAGUGGGUAGAGAACAAAAGCAUCUUGUUUCUAGGAUACAAACAGUUUGCCAAUAUUGUCUGUGACGAUGGAACAAAUGAGGUGUCAACGGCUUGCCAAGAAAUCCUACUCAAGGCGCCUUCCCUUUUAAUAUUGGAUGAGGGGCACACGCCUAGGAAUGAGAACACUGAUGUGCUGCAGUCACUUGCCAAGGUUCAAACUCCACGAAAAGUGGUUCUUUCAGGAACGCUAUAUCAGAACCAUGUGAAGGAGGUAUUCAACAUCUUAAAUCUUGUUCGUCCAAAAUUCCUACGUUUGGAUGCUUCGAAGUCAAUCAUCAAUCGCAUAAUGAGUAGAGCACACAUACCAGAUUCAAGGAAGCAUGUCAAAGCAAGUGCACACUUAGCUUUCUAUGAUUCAGUGGAGCAUACUCUGCAGAAAGAUGAUGACUUUACUAGGAAGGUGAAGGUCAUCCAAGACCUAAGAGAGAUAACAAGAGAGGUCCUUCACUACUACAGGGGGGAUUUCUUGGAUGAUCUUCCUGGACUUGUUGACUUCAGCGUGGUGCUGAAUCUGACUUCUUUGCAGAAAGUAGAAGUUGAGAAGCUUAAGAAAUUUGAAAGGAUGUUUAAGAGAAACUCAGUUGGGAGUGCAGUUUAUCUGCAUCCAGCACUGAAGUCAUUGGAGAACUCUGCAAUGACUGAAGAUGAGAAGAUGGAUGACAUGUUGAAAAGGAUAAAUGUCAAAGAUGGAGUGAAAGCAAAAUUUUUUCUCAACAUGUUAAACUUAUGUCAGUCAGCUAACGAAAAGCUUCUAGUUUUCAGCCAAUACCUCCUCCCGUUGAAAUUUCUGGAGAGACUAACAGUAAAAGAAAGAAGCUGGACGCCAGGUAUAGAAAUCUUUGUUAUCUCGGGGGAUUCAAGUUUUGAAGAGCGUGAGUUCUCUAUGGAAAGAUUCAACAAUUCCCCAGAUGCAAAGGUUUUCUUUGGAUCCAUUAAAGCAUGUGGAGAAGGUAUUUCUUUGGUUGGAGCAUCACGGAUUUUAAUCUUAGAUGUUCAUCUUAAUCCAUCAGUGACUCGUCAAGCUAUAGGUCGCGCUUUCCGACCAGGCCAAAAAAAGAAGGUAUAUACUUAUAGGUUGAUCGCUGCUGAGUCACCUGAAGAGGAAGACCACAGUACCUGCUUCAAGAAGGAGGCAAUUGCAAAAAUGUGGUUUGAAUGGAACGAGUCCUGUGGUUUUCGAAAUUUUGAAGUAGAGACUGUUGAUAUAAAAGAAAGCGGCGAUAUCUUCAUGGAGAGCGCACUUUUAAAUGAAGAUAUAAGAGCUUUGUAUAGAAGGUAGUUUCGUCAAUACCGUGGAGCUGAAGCAUAGGUUGUAUAGACAGUUCUUCCAAAAGGCGUUAGUAGAAUCCCCCCAUGUUUCUUUUUCUUCUUCUUCCUCAUUUUAUGGUACAGGAAAUAUCACUUGAAAUCCAUGCCUUGUUUUCUGAAUGCAUCAACUUUCUCGAGCAUUCAGUUGCUAGUAACAAGUGAAUACAAUUUAUUAUGUUUUGAAAGAGAUUUUGAUUGACAUCU